GCUAUCAACCAAAGCAGAGGAGUCCCAUAAAUUCAUUCUCUCACUUCUGCACACAACAAGCAGCAAAAAUCAACAAUUUCCAUCACUCUGACUCUCUCUCCGUCAAUUUCGUUUUUUCUUGGAUUUGAUCGAGAAACAUGUCCAGCUCUGCGGAUUCGUCAGAAACUCGCAGGUUUCCCGGCGGGAAGACUGUCAAAACGCCAGAGAAGUCCAACUUCUCCCAAACCUGUUCUCUCUUGAGCCAGUACCUUAAAGAGAAAGGCAAUUUUGGAGAUCUGAGCCUUGGCAUGAAUUGCAGUCUUCAAGGGAAAGGAAAACCCGAAACUCCUUCCCAAUCAACAUCGACUACGAUUAUGACUUUUUUACCGAGCAUGGGAACGUCAUCGUCUACAGAGCAAAAUGCAUCAUCUCGAAACGUGAAGUCCAUGGAUUUAUUUCCUCAACAUGCUGGUUUUGGGCCAUCCAAUCCCACGAAAAACGUAACGAAGACAGCCGAUUUCAGGGCACCGGCGAUAAAGGAGCCCCAGACAGCCCAGAUGACGAUAUUUUACGCUGGAAAAGUACAUGUUUUUGAUGAUUUCCCGGCAGACAAGGCAAGGGAAAUCAUGCUUCUAGCUAGUAGAAGCAGUACCCAGAAUUCCGGUAGCUUCACUUCUACCUCCGGCAACGAGCAACAAAAUUUCGGUAUACUUGCAUCUUCCGCUUCGAAUUUCCCUCCUAUCUCAAGCAACAACAAUUCAACCGAAGAGAGACUCCAUCCAUCUGCUCAAACCAGUGUUUCAGAUCUGCCAAUUGCAAGGAAAGUUUCGCUUCGCCGGUUCCUGGAAAAGAGAAAAGACAGGAUUAGUUCAAAAGCACCCUACUCGGUAGGCUAUUCCAGUUCCACACCGGCGGGUGAGAGAGAAACUCCUUUCAGAUCCAAACCGAUUGAAAGCAAGACAUGGCUCGGCUUGGCUUCACAUUAUUCGCAGCAAUUGGGAUUCCAAUUAUCGUAAGGACUUUUAGCCUUAUUGACUCAUCGGCCGACUAUUGCUACUCGGGUCUCGGGCUGGGUUCGGCCGGCGACAUAGUGUUUUAACCGCCGCCGGGCAGCGGUGGCGGGUGGUAGCGGGCGACGGCGGACAGCGACGCUGAGGAAGAAAUGGCUUAUUGAUAUUAUUUUUAAAAAGUUAACUUAUUUUUGAAAAUUUUAAAAUAUUAUUAUUAAUACUAAAUCCCAAAAGGUGCUCUUAUAUGCUAUUAUCUCAAUAUUAAAUUAUAUUAUUGGUUGGAGCGUGAGUCCCGCUCUCUCACCCACCAUUAUUCCAUCUCUUGUAUUCAAUUCUCCCAUCUCAAAUCCAAUACAGUGGAAAUAAAAACGUGGUAUUGAAACUUGAAAUGUUUCAUGGUUUCAUCAA